AUGGCCGGCCUAGCUGUAUGGCUCAGUUUGGGGGUAUUCCUGGCGCUCUACCUAUUGCGCCAGAAACCCGAUGCGCGCCUCAAGCAAAUCCCCAUUAUUAGAUACAGCGACUUCUUACCAGACCUCUUCAACCGGCUCAUCUUCUACCCAAAGGCAAAGUCGAUGAUAUACUGGGCUUAUGAGAAUUUCAAGAACGAUCCCUUUCGUAUGCUCACUGGCGAUGGAGAGAUUGUCGUUUUGCCCAUUAAGUAUGUCGAGGAGUUGAAGCAUCUUCCACCAUCGAUCAUCAGCUCGUUGGAUGCGCAGUUUGAGAAUGCGCUGGGGGAAUAUACCAAUAUCAAGGUCAACAGCUAUCUACCCUCCAAUACUGUGCGAAAACGCCUAACUCCCAGCAUUGCUCGAAUCACGCCCUGGAUAAUUGACGAGUUGCGCCACUCCUUCGAUUCCGUCCUCCCAGAUUGUGAAGACCAAUGGAUAACAAUCAAAGCCCACGAAAUGUUCGUCAGUCUAAUAUCCCGCGCGACCUCCCGAGUCCUCGCCCACUCCCUCCGCCGCAACGAACAAUGGCUCGACGUAGCAAGCAACUACUCCGUCAACGUAGGCAUAACAAUCCUCCUCCUCCGACCAUUCCCCAACUUCCUCCGACCCUUCAUAGCACCAUUCCUCCCCUCCGUCCGCCAAAUGAAAAAACAACUCCAAUUCGCCAAAAACCUCUUCAUCCCCAUGAUCAACGAGCGCCGCGCUGCCGAGGCCGCGAAUGAUCCGGGCUACGUGAAGCCCGACGACUUCUUGCAGUGGAUGAUGGAUAUGGCAGAGGACGAACAGGAUCUUGACGCCGAGGCGCUGGCGCAUCAUAAUUUGAUUUUGAUGAGUUUGGCCGUUGUGCAUACGAGUUCGAUUGCAUUGUGUCAGAUUCUUUAUGAUUUGAUUGCGAGGCCGGAGUAUAUUGAGCCCUUGCGGGAGGAGACAGUGCGGACGUUGAGUAGUGGGUGGAAUCAUGCUACCAAGGCUUCAUUUGAUGCUCAGAAACGUAUGGAUAGUUUCCUGCGUGAGUCGCAGCGUUGGGGUCCGCCGGGUGAAUUGUCAAUGCAUCGAAUUGUCAAGACCCCCUUGACGUUAUCAGACGGCCUCCACCUCCCCAAGGGAGUACACAUAUGCUUCCCAUCCGGCCCCAUAAGCAAAGAUCCAAAUUUCAUAUCCAAUCCAGCUAUCUUCGACGGUUUCCGGUGGUGCCAGGAUCCAGCAGAUCGAGAUGCGCUGAGAUCAUCAAGUACAACCUCGAACGGCAAGACUGAAAAGGAAAAGAAAGAGGUAACUGGGAGACUCCUGGCUCCAUCUCCUACUACAAGCUUCAUUAGUAUCAGUCCGUCGAACAUGCACUUUGGAUUUGGUCGUCAAGCUUGCCCGGGUCGGUUCUUCGCUGCGAGUACGAUUAAGGCAAUUAUGAGCCGGAUUAUCAUGGAUUAUGAGUUCAAAUUUGAGGGAGAUCGAGUUGGAUGGAGGCCAGCAAAUAUUGGUAUUGGAGAACAUAUCUUCCCUAAUACCAACACACGAGUAUUGUUUCGGAAGAGACAAAGGUGA